AUUAAAACUAAGCAAAAAAAAAAGGGGUUUGAGUUGAUUGGUCRCUGGAGAAAGGCGUGUGUUAAUCAUUUUUAUUGGGCAGUAAUGUCAACUCCUGUCUUAAUGAGAGAAGUAAAACUGGCCAAGUUCCAGGCAUUUCUAUACCACAUAAUUAACAAGCACAAGGAUUUCCCUAACAAAUUGUUUGACAAGUGCAGUCAUGGCAUUAUUUCUGUCCAAAAAGUAUGGAUGCUUAAAGGUUCUGAAGUAUAUGAAAAGCUCUAUGAAACACUGACAAACAAUAACCUCUCCAAAGCUAUAAAACAAGCUUCAUCCAUAGCACAGACGAGCUGCUUGGAAGGUUGUCACAGCGUCAUAAAUCAGUUUGCACCAAAGAUGUACAAAUACUCAUACCUUGGAUUGUUAAGCAGGACAACAUUGGCAGCUCUCCAUUUUAAUUACAACGUGAGGAGGGAACCAAGAAAAGACUACACAGGCCGACCCAAAGUUGUUGUGAACUACCCAAAAUAUAAGUAUGGAGAAGGUACAGUBAAAGAGUCUAAAGUGGAGCAUAAUUAUGGUAUGUCUAUGGACAUAUGUUCCAAGAAUAAACCUUGA